AUGACAAGAAGGUCCAAUCCAAAUAACUCAAUAGAAGAAGAUCUUGACAUUGAGCAGCUGGAAAGAACACUUAGGCGACAAAGAAGAGAGAGUAUGAAUCAAGGCGGAGAAGGCGCACCAAAUAGGCAGCAGCAGCCUUCUGACCAAGAAGAGAGGGCUGAUAACCCUCAUAUACCACAAGAAUCUGGAGCCGCGCCUCAACCCAAUCCAAACGCUCCCGGUGCUGCCGAGCAGCCGCAGCCAUCUCAUAAUCAACCACAACAACCUCCGGUGCUCCAAAAUAAUCAACACCAUCAUCAUCAUCAAGGUGACCAUCAAGGGAUGCCUCAAGCUCAACCUCAAGUGCCUUCAAGGAGAGCACAAUUCGCUUAG